UCUCUCCCUUUCUCUGUCUCAGUCCUGCUGUCUGGGUCUGUGAGAGUGUGUGUGUUUCUGGGCUUCCCCGACUCCGAGCCGAGCUGAGCUCACACACUCCUGAGCAUUUAAGGACGAGGACCAGGAGGAAGAGGAGGGCCAUGGAGCACAGCCACAUCUUCACCCUCCUUCCCCCCCCCAACAGCAGUGCCUGGAGCCCGGGGCAGCAGCCGGCCGACACUCCCCAGGGUUGCCCCCUCGGACCACUACCCGUCAUCUACUACAGCGCCCUGCUCUGCCUUGGCCUGCCCGCCAACAUACUCACUGUCAUCAUCCUCUCCCAGCUGGUGUUACGGCGUCAGAAGUCCUCCUAUAACUACCUUCUGGCGCUCGCCGCCGCUGACAUCCUGGUCCUCCUGCUCAUCGUCUUCGUCGACUUCAUAUUGGAGGACUUCAUUUUGGGCGCGCCCCUUCCCCCCUCCCUCAACAAGGCAGUCCAGGUCCUGGAGUUCUCCUCCAUCCACACCUCCAUCUGGAUCACGGUCCCCUUGACCGUUGACCGUUAUAUUGCAGUCUGUCACCCGUUGAAGUAUCAUAGCGUUUCCUACCCGGCCCGCACACGGCGGGUCAUCAUGGGCGUCUAUAUGGGGUGUUUGGUGUCUGCGGCGCCUUACUACUGGUGGCCUGAGCUGUGGCAUGGUUUACCUGGAGGUGGUGCAGGAAGUGGAGGAAGGGGGAGUAGUAGUAGUGCUGCGCAGCAUGUGCUAGUCUGGGUGCACUGUGCGACUGUCUAUCUCCUCCCCUGCUCCGUCUUCUUCUCCCUCAAUGCAAUGAUCGUCAGGAAGCUCCAGCGCCGUCGCAGCUGCUUCCUGCGCGGCUACUCCACGGGCAAGACCACCGCCAUCCUCCUCGCCAUCACUUCCGUGUUUGCCGUCCUCUGGGCACCACGCACCGUCGUGAUCCUUUACCACCUGUACACGGCGCCGCCGGCGUCCCCCGGUCCCGCCCGCCUUCUGCACCUCCUAACCGAUGUGGCGAACAUGCUAGCUCUCCUAAACACCGGGGUCAACUUCUUUCUCUACUGUUUCAUCAGCAAGCGUUUCCGGACCAUGGCGGCCACGGUUCUCCGGACGUUGUUCCGAUGCCGUAAGCAGCCGCCGCCGUUCUACGCUGGACACAACUUCUCUAUCACCAGUAGCCCCUGGAUCUCCCCUGCCAACUCCCACUGCAUCAAGAUGCUGGUAUACCAGUACGAUAAGAACGGCAAGCCCAUCUGCAUCUCCUCGUGAGGGGGGAAGUGUGGAGGGUUUCCCUGACGACCGACCUUGAUGAUGACCCGAUUCUGGGACUCUUUGAGCUUUUCAAAUGUCAACAGACAUUUAGAGUAGAGGGCUGGAAAGGUGGA